GUUCUUUAAACAAUCUGACUUUGAGGUCAGUUCAGUCGAGUCGAAUCAGUCCGCAUUCUGCAAAUUUACCCUUAUUUCAGUGUAUUUGCUUCGCGGAGCUAGUUUAUUAUUUUGUUAAUUUAUUUAUUCUUUCGAUCAGUGUAAAUAUUUUGUUGUAAAGUUUGGUUAUUCGUCUGCUUUCCCUCGAUAAAUUUUACACUCCAACAAAACGGUUGUCUAUCUCAAAAGCAAAAGAAAAAAGUUCUAUGUCGUCUUCCAUAAUCUUUUAUAUUGAAAAAUAAAACAAAAUAAAUAAUAUUAAUAGAACACUAUCUAUCGAUUUGCUACAACGCAACGCUUUAGAAAAAUCUUGAGCUUGAGUGUUCACCUGCCUCUGGAUCCGGACAGAGUUAUAAGUAGCUAGACAGCAAACGCUAAGCGAGGCGAUUUCUGUACAAACCAAGACGAAAUAGUUUAUUACAAAAGUACCUACUUCCUAUUACAUACCUACAUACACACUUUAUUGCUUACUUAUGUAAUAUAGAUAUUAAACAUUUUUGAUUUUAAAUAAAUACACAUUUUAAGUGGAUGUCUAAGCAGAUGUCAACUGAACAUAAACAUCCACAUCAACAUCGACAUCCAACUGGCUUCCAAAGAGAGAACGUGCGUGCGUGAUUUUAAUAACUAAAAACAAAAAUUGUGUUACAGAUUUAGUUUUGUGUCGCAUAUUUAAGUUGAUUUCUAUUUGCGAUUUGCAAAUAAGCGUGAAGUGGAAUUUUAUUUUAUUUUAUCGUGUCAAUGUCGUUGAACUUGUAAUAAUCAACUUGGAGCGCACUGCCAUCAAAGGAGCAUCAUCGCAGCAUCGGUAAUAAAUUGAGAGAUAUUUUGUUUUCACUAUGACAAGAAAAAAAUCUUAGCUCAACGUAUAUUAAUUACCACCCUUAAAAUGCUGUGAAACUGAGCAUUUAUCCUUGGUUUUGGUUUUAUUUUAAAAUUUUAUACCAAAGCACAUUCAAUUAGAGUAAACAGAAAUGGACAAUUUCAUGCGACAAGUACAAAACAAAUAUUCAUUCAUCGAUAAUUUUUUGAAAAAUUUUUGGAAAUCAUGGAUAAAAUCAAAUCUUUCGAUAAAAUUAGAACUCCAAAAUAUCAAAUGGAAAAACAGCAGAGCGAAACCAGGAUGCGCUUAUGUACCUACAGAGGUGGAACAAAUUGCCAAUUGUAUAACUCAUGGAAUUUGGGUUGUACCAUCUAUAAUGGCUGCACUGAAGCUAGUUGAGAGAUCAAAGACUUCUGGACAAAUGUUAGUUGCUUGGGUUUAUGGAACAGCUCUGAGCCUUAUAUUUUUUAUAUCAACUUUCUUCCAUUGCUCUUUUUAUUGUGAUCGCAAAAGAGGACUCAAAAAUGUUUUACAUCGCUGUGAUCGUGCCAUGAUCUAUGUAUUUAUUGCUGGAUCAUACUUUCCUUGGCUUCAACUUGAGAAUCCAACACAUUCUAUUGUCUUGACAUCCUUGGAAUGGAUAAUAUGGAUAAUGGCAGCUCUGGGCAUUACUUACCAGCAGAUAUUCCAUGAGCGUUAUAAAUGUUUAGAAACUUGCUUUUACAUUUUAAUAGGUUUAGGACCUGCUAUUAUCUUAAUUUUAACAGGUCAUGAUUUUAAUGGCAUGACAGAGCUUAAACUUGGUGGAUUCUUUUAUAUAGUCGGAAUAAUCUUUUUUAAGUCUGAUGGAAUCAUACCAAUGGCACAUGCUAUAUGGCAUUUGUUUGUUGUUCUAGCAGCAGGCUUCCAUUAUUAUGCUAUUUUAAAGCAUCUGUUUCCCACCGGUAUAAGUGAAACUAAUGUGUUUUAAAACAAAAUAUUAUUAUAAAAAAAAGUAUAAAAUAAAUUUUUGUAGAUGUACAUAUUAUAUACCGAUAUAUAUUAUUACAUAAAAUAAGGCUAAACAAUAUAUUAAGACAGUGAUUUGAACCAAAUAGAUACCUAGUCAGUGAUGCCCUAAUAUAUAUUUAUAUGUUUGAUAGUAAUAGAUUUAUUUUUUUGCAAAAGGAAGUUCGAGAGUUUAAACACGAAGUUAUAGUACCUUCUGCUACAUAUUUGUUUUCUUUACAGACAAAAUUAUAAAUGUUCAACCUUAUUAUAUGAAACGUGAGGAAUUUAUAAUUUCUUAAAUUGUAAGAAAUGGUAUAGUAUUUAAUAUAUUACAACCAUUAAGUUUUUCAAAAUUCAAUUAAAUAAUUGCAUUGCCUCCCAAGUUCUUAAUUCAUUCUUUGAAAUUUAUUCUUAUCAAUGUAUCUUAUUUUAAAAUUCUUAGCUAAGCGAUUGACCAAUAUUUUUACCUUAAUAGGGUUAAGCUCGAAGAAAUGCGAUUAGUAGUUUAGUUGCAAAUUGCAAGAAAAACAAUGAUUUAGAAACAUUUAUUGAGUAGUUAUUGUAAUUGUCAACUUGCUUUUCCAUAAUAAUAAGGCCUAAGGAGGCUGCAUUGCUCAAUAACUAAAAUCUAAUAUAAGUUAUUUUUUUUUAUGGAAAGUAUAAUGUUUUAAAGAUUAUAUAUACUCAUUAAAUUCAUAAUAUUCCGACUGAGUAUUUACAUAACAACAAAGCCAAAAAAACAUGAUAAGUACCUCUAUUGUGCAUAAAAUACCAAAUUUAAUUUUAUAAAUUCAAAAUUCAUACCAACACACAAAAUAAGAAAACCUCUAUAGUUAAAAAUUAAAUGUCUGGAUAUUAAAUAAGUUUUUGAGAUUUAUAUAUCCUUUAGUCAUACUUAAAUGUAUUAAAAAAAUAUAUUAAAUAUUUUUUUUGCAAAAUUUAUAUAAAAACAUGUCUUUAAAUUAAAAUAUUUGUUUGUAUAGUACAUUUCUCAAUUAAAACUUAUUUAAAAACUUAUAUUUGUAUAAAUUAAUAAAAUAUUAAAGUGUAUCAAAUUUCGAAACGCAUGUUAGUAUUAAUUGUAAACCCUUGUUCGGUCAAGCGACCAAAAAGAUACUUUUUGGAUCAAUGCCUAUUCGCGUGCCGUACAGUUUUUAUAAUGCAUUAUUUUGGUAAUUCUUCCAAUUAUGAAAAAAGAAAAAAUUGUAAAAUCAAAUCAUAAAAUGUUUAUUGUUUUUUGUUUUAUUUGUUUUGGGCCUUUUGAUUAAAUCGUAAACGAAAUUAUUAAAGUUCUUAAAUAACUACCGAAAAAGAUAUAUUAUAUAAUCUAAUCAUUCAUUGCCAAAUAUACCCAAAAUAAAUUAUAAUACAUUUUUUGUACCAACUUUUUCUUAUUGUAAAUCAAUUGUUGACAUUAUAAUUGUUAUUACGAAAAAUAACAUUUGUCCCACUGCCAUUAAAUAAAUUUCAUUAGUUUCAUGUAUCCCUUACAUACAACAAAAUUCGAUUUCCUUUAAAACUAUACAAUGUAUUUUUUAUGAUCGGCAUCUGGAAAGGAGGUAGAGUAAAACUCCCCUAUCCCACCGAAUAAACAAAUUAAAAAAAAUACGAAAAGUAUUUUUCAUAAGCUAAAUAUUUUAAGAAUUUUUAAAAACAAAAAAGAAAUGAUUGUGGUCAGGGGUACUAAUUUGUCUUCUUCCAAUGCAAGGGCAUCACUGUCACAAAAAUAGCUCUUAAGCCUAUAUACAAAUUAAGAUAUCUUAAUGUAUAUUUUCAAAAUAUAUGAAAUAAAAAUUAUUAUAAAGACAAACCGAAUAUAAUAAAUAAAACAGAGAAAAGCUAACAAAAGUCAAGUUAGUAAUCUAGUUUUGUAUUUAAAAGUAAAAGAAAACUAAAAGAAUUAAAAAUGUAAAACAACUCUAGUACAUUUGCGGUUCUUCUACGAAAUUAAUUUGAAAUACAGUAAUAUAACCUACACAAAUAAUUUUAA